AUGAGUGCCAAAAAGGCUCGUUGUAGACUGUACCCUAUUACAAUAAUAUCGAUAACAAACUUAUUCGUAUACAUGAAUCGAGUUGCAAUAACUGGCGUAUUAAAUGAAAUACAACAACAAUUUUUGUUGAGUGAAAGUGGAGUUGGUCUCUUACAAACCCUGUACAUUGUUGCCAUGAUAAUAGGAGGCCCAAUUUUCGGCUAUUUCGGUGAUAGAUACGAUAGAAGGAAAGUAAUAAUAAUCGCAACUAUAUUGUGGAUAGUAGCAAGUCUGUGGGCUUCGUUUAUAUAUGAUUUAGUGGAAGUAUUUUUCCUGCUGAGAGCGCUAGCAGGGGCUGGUGACGCAGGGUUUUUGGCCAUCGCUCCUGCUAUGAUUAGUGAUUAUUAUAAACCUGAAGAGAGGUAUAUCAUGUUGACGAUCUACUAUCUGGCCUUUCCCUUUGGAGCUGGUUUGGGAUACAUGGUUGGUGCUGAAAUAGCCAUACUACUGAAAAAUUGGAGAUGGGCCGUAAGAAUUGUGCCGUGCAUAGGUGUACUAUCAGUUUUUAUGCUUUUUUUCUUAAGAAAAUGCCCGCGGGGUGCAAGUGAGGGGAGUAACUUCAAAAUCAGUGCGUGGAAACAGGACGUGAAAGCUAUAAUUACAAACAAAACUUAUCUUAUGACGGUAGCAGCGUUUACCUGCGUUACUUUUAUCGGAGGUGCUUCAGGAUGGUGGGCUCCCAAAGUUUUAACGAUGGGCUUAAACCUUCAAAAAGAUGAAUAUGAUUCCUCCACACCGUCCCUUCUCAUAUUCGGAGUCGUUGUUGUCAGUUCGGGCAUCAUCGGCGUGACUCUUGGCUACGGGUUAAGCAAGUGGUUGAAUAAAAAAUACGACCGAGCCGACCCGUUGAUAUGCGGUAUCGGGAUGUUCAUAUCAGCCCCGCUGAUGGGCUUGACGUUCUAUACCGCCCCUUAUAGCACCACGUGUUGCUAUCUACUGGGCUUCGUUGGGUUCACGGCGGUCAAUCUGCAACCAGCAAUAGUCAGCAACAUCAUUAUAUCGGUCAUGCUGCCAACGCGAAGAGCCCAGGCACACGGCAUACUCCUGUUUUUGUGUCACGCCCUGGGCGACUGCGGGAGCCCAUAUUUCUUCGGGCUCACGACGGACCUAUUCAGACCAUUAUUCGAAAAAAACGGCCAGCGCACUACCAGGACUCACUACAUGGGGUUUUUGUGCUCCAUUAGCUUGCCAAAGAUAGGGAGAAACAACGACAGGAAGUGGCCAAACUUGCCGAAGAGAUAG